AUGGCUGAUCAAGCCAGCAGGCAUGGCCAAUCCGCCCCAGCCCAGUCCGUCCGCUCUCCGCCCAACGUACACAAAGUUGUCAGGUCACAGCAGAUAACCACUGUCGUCUCUCCCGUCGACCCUAAUCGACGCUACGGAACGACCCUUUACGAAGACGACGACGACGACGACGAAGAAGACGAAGACGAAGAGGACGACGAGGAGGAGGAAGAAGAGGGAGAAGAAGAGGCGGUCGAGGACGACGGCGACGAGGUCGAUGCCAUGGACACCGCACCCCCCAUUCCCCGCUCCCAUACCCCUGGCCACCUCGCAACGAAGAACCACGACAGGCGGCGGAAGCCAUCUGAACUGUCACUCCGCCAGCGCUCACAGUCCCAGCCCGCAUCCAACCAGUCCAUCUCCCCGUCACAUCCCUCGAGCGUGCCGCCCUCGUCGGCAUCGACGGGCAAAACGACGCUGCUGCCCGUCACCACCCCCUCGACCGCAACCGCCACCCCGACCUCGUCCCGUUCCCUCCUGCAUCCGCACAGAUCCAACGGCGGGCUCAACGGCAGUAGUGACCACUCACCCGCCACCUCGGCGCCCUCCCGCGACCGCCACGAUGCCCCGGCCCUUGAAAAGGAGCACAUAGUCUCGGCCGCGAGCCGGAGGACACCAGGUCUGCGGUCCACCUCGGCUAUCGCCUCCAAGCCCGGCGGCCCGGGAUCGGUCACGACCUCGACGGCCGGGCCCUCAGGGACGGCGCCCUCUACGUCCUCUGGCAUGGCGUCGGCCGCCUCCAGCGUCCGCAGGGACGGCACCACCCGCGGGAGCUCCAGUGGUCGCAGCCGCCACCACCAAGCCGCGCCCACGGCGACCCGCACCGACUUCCCGCCCCUAAUAGACCCUAGCACGGCCCCGGACGUGCCGCCGGCGCCCGCUUCAGGAAUGUACUGGAGUCGCGCACCAAUCAGCGGAACCGGGCACACGGCACUGCGGGCGCACACGACAACGCUCGUGGGCUCCAACGUCUUCGUGUUUGGCGGCUGCGACUCGCGCGCAUGCUUCAACCAGCUGUACGUUCUGGACGCUGACUCGUUCCACUGGAGCAUCCCACACGUGGUCGGCGACAUACCUGUGCCGCUACGCGCCAUGACGUGCACCGCGGUCGGCAAGAAGCUCGUGAUAUUCGGCGGCGGCGACGGCCCGGCCUACUACAAUGACGUGCACGUGCUCGACACGGUCAACUUCCGUUGGAGCAAGCCGCGCAUCGUCGGCGACCGCGUGCCGAGCAAGCGGCGCGCCCACACGGCCUGCCUGUACAAGAAUGGCAUCUACGUUUUCGGCGGCGGCGACGGCGUCCGGGCGCUCAACGACAUCUGGCGGCUCGACGUGAGCGACAUGAACAAGAUGUCGUGGAGGCUGGUGAGCGGGCCGUCGACGGAGACGUCGCCGGCCAGCGGGACGGGGGGCAAGUCGCCGAGCAGCAGCAGGGACCUGCGGCCCAAGGCGCGCGGCUACCACACGGCCAACAUGGUGGGCGGUAAGCUCAUCAUCUUUGGCGGGUCCGACGGCGGCGAGUGCUUCAACGACGUGUGGGUCUACGACGUCGAGAACUCUCAGUGGCGCUCCGGCCCCAUCCCCGUCACGCACCGGCGCCUGUCCCACACGGCCACCAUCGUGGGCAGCUACCUGUUCGUCGUCGGCGGGCACGACGGCAACGAGUACUCCAACGACGUCCUGUUGCUCAACCUCGUCACCAUGACGUGGGACCGCCGCCGCGUCUACGGCCUGCCGCCUAGCGGCAGGGGGUACCACGGCACCGUGCUCCACGACAGCCGCCUCCUCGUCAUAGGGGGCUUCGACGGCAGCGAGGUGUUUGGCGAGGUCUGGGUGCUGGAGCUCGCCGUCCACGCCUACUUUUCACAAAUCAGCCACUUUAGCAUAGAAGUGUAG